AUGGGUUCGGGUGACCUCAACGCCAAGAAGAGCUGGCACGUUGUCAAUCUCAAGAACCAGCAGAAGGUAUGGGAGAGCGAGCGGGCAGCGCUGGCGGAGCGCAAGAAGGUGGCGGAGCGGGUGGAGGAGCUGCGCAAGGAGCGCCAGGAGGAGGAGAUUGCGCGCCAGCUCGAGGAGGCCGGCGGCCGCAAGCGCGUCGACCGCGUCGACUGGAUGUACCAGGGUCCGUCGGCCGAGAACGGCGGCAUGGUGACGGAAGAGGCCGAGGCUUUUCUGCUGGGCAAGCGGCGCAUCGACGCGCUGAUCCGGGGAGACGACCACAAGAAGCUCGAGAAGAACGCGGCGCACGACCGCUUCGCGGGGCCGUCGGGGGGCGAAGGAACAAGUGCUGGUGCAGGUGCAGGCGCAGCGAGCAGCAUGACAGCGGCCAGCACGGCGCGCGACAUGCUGACCAAGAUCCGUGAGGACCCGCUACUGGCGAUCAAGCGCCAGGAGCAGGAGGCGUACGAGGCCAUGGUGAGCGACCCGAUCCGGCGGCGGCAGCUGCUGGCAUCCAUGGGGCUGUCGACGACGGCGGACGAGAAGAAGAAGAGCAGCCGGUCAUCGUCGGACCGGAAGAGACGACGACACGACGAUGACGACGAUCGACACCACCACCGAAGCCAUCGGCACCGCGACAACGACGACGACGAGUCGCGGCGGCACAGACGACGGGACGACGCGCGUGAUGGGUCUGAUAGUCGGCAUCGACGGCGAUCUCGCAGUCCGGCCAGGCGACGCGAUCGGUCCGGCAGCCGAGGCCGGGACUACGAUCGGCCGUCUCGCAGGGAGGAGAGGGACGACAGGGACGGCAGGGAUGGACGGAAUGAACGGGGUCGAAGAAGCGAGUGGGAUGGGAGGAACAAAACGAAUGCCAGGACAGGCGGCCGGCCGUCCGAUCGAAGCAACGGUCGCACCAACGCCGACGACGAGCGGGCACGCAAGCUGGCGGCCAUGCAGGCGGCAGCGUCAGAGCUGGACCAGCAGCGCGAGCAGCGACUCGCUCAACGGGAAGCACAGGAAGCAGCAGCGCGGGCAGCUGAUGACAAGGCGCGAGCACGUGACGAGCGGCUAGGCGGCGAGCAAUCAUCGUUUGCGACGAGCCUGCGACAGCAGGUGGGCGAGAUGGGACUGGCAGAGCGACUCGGGCGAGGCCGCAAAGGACUACAGCGGGAUGAGGAGUAG